AUGUUCGUUCAACAGCGAGGUGUAGACCAAUGCUGCAUCGAUCUGCAGAUGAUUCAUGCGCUUUUUUGUUCCAUGACUUUCACUAUUGUCGUCCCCGACGGCUGCGUCCAGACUCACGGUGUUUCGCAUUCCCACGCAGACCGUUGUGUGUGCGAGGCGAGAUCGUGCGACGGCAGGUACGGGCGUAUACAGUACACGGGCGGCGAGAGGUCGCACUGCAACUGGCAAAGCGACGGGCACGGGUUUCACAACGCCACACCCUCAAUUGUGGUGCAUUCGGACAUUUGGAUCGCAUCGGCUAAUUUUGAUCAGAGUCGUAGAAGUUUCGUCGACAUGUGCUUUGAGCGCUAG